GCGGCGGCCAUGGCCGGGGGCCGGCGGGCGGCGGGAGCGCUGGCGGAGCCGCGGCGGCUGAUGCGCACCGGGCUGGGGCUGAUCGUGCUGGGCCACGGCAGCCUCGUGCUGGGCGCCAUCGUGCACGGCUCGGUGCUGCGGCACGUGGCGGGCGCCCGCCGCGCCGUCACCCCCGAGUACGCGGCGGCCAACGUGGUGUCGGUGUGCUCGGGGCUGCUGAGCAUCGCCGCGGGCAUCGUGGCCAUCCUGGUGUCGCACAACCUGUCCCGGGCGGUCCUGCAUUGGACUCUGCUGGGCGUCUCUCUGCUGAACUGCCUGCUGUCCACGGCGUGCAGCGUGGGGCUGGCGCUGGCCUUUGCCCUCACGGUGCACAGCCGGGGCACGCACCUGGUCCGGGGCUGCAACAGCUCCGCGCUGCCCCUGGACGCCCGUGCAGCCAUCGCGACCAACGACUGUCCCUUCAACACCACUCGCAUCUACGACACAGCCCUGGCCCUCUGGUUCCUCUCCCUGCUGCUGGCAGCUGCGGAAGCCGUGCUCUCGGGCAGGAGCUGCUUGGUGGCUCUGGUCUUCCGGGGCAUCGGGCCCUGUGCACACAGCUAUGCCAAAGAGCAGCUGGCCAGGCCAAGUACAGCAAUGGAGAAGCCACUCCGUGAGAGGCAGCAGCUCCUGGCAGGAAUUUCUGACUCUCCAGUGUAGCUGGAGAGGUGAGUGCCCCACGUGGGCCAUGCUUGGGAUGGGGGGAGCAGGCUCUGCCGUCAAGAGGGCCCAUGCCCACACCAGCCCCCCAGAACACAGGCAGAGGAGUCAGUGAUGCUGGGCCCUGCAGCACAGCCUGGCACUGACACUGCUCCUCUGCUCCCAGGUGAUGCUGCAGGAGCGCUGUGACCCAGCAAGGCUGGGGCCAAGGUGGUGUCACAGCUCCUGCAGUGGGCUGCAGGGGUGAGGGUGUGUCCUGCUCCCUCCCCACCUGGGACAGCCCCUGCAGGUCUGCAGGUGCCGUGGGCCCUGAUGCUCUCCCAUCCUCGCCCCAAGCUGCUGGGCCCUUCCUGGUGUGCUGAAGGUUCUUGGUUUCUCGCAGCAGUGAUGGGGGUGGGCAGUCCUGGUGCCAUGGCAGGCAUGGCAGCUGGCUGUGCUUGUGCUCAGAUGUGUCAGGGAACAGAAAGGGAAGAAUCCCUUUGGUGUAGAUCUCUAGUUUUUUGAAUAAAUAAACUUUUCCUUUCUA